GAUUUCUCCUAGACAAGCCAAUGAACAGAAGCUUAUUUAUUUAUGUAUGUGGUGAGGAGGAAACUUACUCCACAGUCUCCCCACCUCUUCCUGCAAAAUGUUAGCUCUCUUUUGCACCAAUCUCUUUGGAUCCUGAAUGAAAAGGAGCGGCAGCGGAGCUGGGGUGUAGAAACUGCUGUAGUGAACAUCACUCCCCGGCUCUGCUGCGCCCCUCAUACAUAAUCGCUCUCACCUCGUUUCAGCUACAGAGAGAAGCAGAAGGCGCUGCCCGCAUCUUCCUUCAGCAAACCGAGGGUGCUCUUUCGGAGAGGCAGGGCCGAGCCCUCUGUUAAUGACUGACAUCAUCGAGGAAAUACGCUUGCUUGCUAUUUAUUUUUGGCUGCAUUUCCCCCCUGCCCUCCCCCCGGCAGUAUCUUGAUGGGGAAGCUGAUCUCCAAAGGCUGGAGGAAAAGAGAUGCGCGAGUUAUCAUGCUGGGGCUCGACUUUGCCGGCAAAUCCACCCUUCUGUACAAACUGAAGAGCGGCCAAGCUGUGGAGACCUGCCCCACGGUGGGAUUCAACGUGGAGUCUCUGAAAACACCCUGUGGCAUAUCCUUCACCCUCUGGGAUGUCGGCGGACAAGACAGCCUGCGGGCCAGCUGGCCUAACUACCUGGAGGACAUCGACACCCUCAUCUUCGUGCUUGACAGCACGGACACGGCCCGGCUGGCUGAAGCAGUGGCAGCACUGGAGGAGGCCCUGAGCCACCCCGGCAUGGCUGGCAUCCCUGUGCUCCUGCUGGCCAACAAGCAGGACGCGCCGGGAGCGCUGGCUCCAGCCGAGCUGGGGGAGAUGCUGCAGCUGGGGGGGCUGGCAAGGCACCACUGGAUGCUCCGGGGGUGCAGUGCCCACACUGGCCAGGGCCUGCAAGAAGUCCUGGCCAUCCUGGGAAUGCUGCUGCGGGGCUCAGAGCAGAGCUCCCUGUCCCAGGAGCAGCCCAUCAUGGGGCUGGCAGAAAGAAGGCAAGCUCCAGAGCAAACCUGAACCUCACAUGGACCCCUCCCUCUCAUGGCUGCCAGCAGGCUUGUCAUGGAGGAUUCCAGCCUCCAGGCAGCCCUACAAGGAGCAGAGCUGCAGCUGGCACACUCUGUGAAACACCCAGCUCCUCACCACCAAAACCCAGCAGGAGGAUCUCUGAGCAAACUCCCAUCAUGGAGCAGGUUUGGCCACAUCUCUUGGACUCUCAUCUCUAGCUGCCGCUUGUCCCACUGUCACCAUCUUCCACUCAUCCACUGCACUUGUGUGUCCAGAGGUCCAGCAAGGAUGCUUUUUAACAUUUAAGAAUUAUAACAGAGAUGUGUGCAAAGAACAGAAGUUUUCUUCAUUCUGCAGCUCUCAGCCCAGAUACAUCUAUCCAGAUGGGAUGAUCCCCACAAGGGGGGAGCUUGGAUGUGCCCCAUUCUGCUUGUCUCUCAGCAUGGAUCACAUGUUCAUUGGCUGGGAACACAGGAAGGCACUGAAAAGAAUGGCUGAAUGGGAGCAGUGUAAACUCAGGACAUCAAAUGGCCAAGCAACUGAUUGGUUUUAGUGUGGCAUCUCCAGGUAUAAUAAUCUUAAAACCAUGGAAGCAAGCCGGGAUUUGAUGGUGUAAUGCAGUUUGAGGAUGUAUGUAUAUUAAUUUAUGCAUUUCUUGUAAUGGUUCUUUAUGUCUCCAUCAUUUUUAUCAAAGAAUUAUUUCAAGACAAUGGUCCCUCAUUUUCUUUGGACUAUGUUUAAAUAUAAAGAAAUCAGAUGUGACUUUAAGAUGCUUGGAAAUACAUCUCCAUGGCACCUCUAAAUAUUCUCAUGGUGGCCUGAACAGACAAAAGAAAUCCCUGGUGACUUUUGAAACUGUAUGACACCACUCCACAUGCAUUGGUUGGUAACCAUUGGCACCUAUGGACACAGACAAGUUUGGUGACCAAAGGUGUCUCCAACCUCAGCUGUGUCCAGGGCAAAUGAAAAUGCUCCUGGCAGCUCACAACAGUACAAGGUACCAUGUGGCAGGUCAAAUCUUGUUCAACCUACCAUUGGAAAGACCUAUAAAAUGGGUAUCCAAGAUUCUGUUAUCCAGAGUUAAAAUUAAAAUAUUUCAUAGUA